GAACGGGUUGGUUCGGCAAGCGGAACAACGACUUUGUUGAUCCUAUGUGUCGUUGAUCGAAGCACUUCAUAAUCGUCUUGAGUCGCUAAACGUUCAGCACUUAGCUGCUUCGACUAUUUGGUUCAUUGCAUUGGUUGUGACACUGCAAUAUGGCGACCAUCCCUAGCGACACUGCUCCUCAACAGUAUGCGCUUCAAAACAAACUCGUUAAGACAGCCAAGAAACGUCGUAACUCAACAACUGAAGCUGUUUCUCAGCUAGCAAAACUUCUCCCAUUACCUUCAGGAACUAACAAAGAGAAGUUGAAAACGAAUCACAUUCUCCGGCUUGCUGUUAGCUACAUUCGAAUGAAGCAAUUGAUUCAAGGCAGUAUAAUGCCGUUGUAUGGCAAGGAAAGGGGGAAGAAAAGUUGCAAUAUGAGAAGAACUACUGCACCUCUUCAAGGUGUUUCAUUGGCAAAGAAGAGGAGACUACAUAUGUCCCAGUCAUUGCAACUGCCAUCAGGGGAUGUUCUCAAUGUCAGUGGUUACAAUUGAUUAACUAAAUAGACAACUAAUUUAAAUACUUGAGAUUUUAAAAAAAUUUUGUCAGAUUGCCAGUGAGUGAGUCCAUGGUUUGUUAAUUUUGCAGUGAUAUAGCAAACACAAGCAUAAUGAUGCUUUGAUUUCCUAUGGAGACAU